AUGUCUGGCCUCAAUAAAUCUACAGAUACAACCACAACCACAUCACAGAAAAAAAAAAAGGUGCCAAAGUGCAUCUGGACAGGAAGCGACACCAAAAAAUUGGUUGAACUUGCUGAGGAGUAUAUUGGCCUGCUUGGAGAGGGUGGGGGUAUAAGCCUCAGUUCUAUAACCUUCCUGAGGGCAUUCUGGCACCUUAAACAACAAAAGGAGCCACCAAAACAGCCGACUCAAUCCAUAACAAAUGGUUCAGUGUUAGUAGUAGAACUAAAGAAGGAGCUUAUUUGUGUAAAUCUGUUGAUGAACACAUCUGGGCUUGGAUUUGAUGUACAAUGUGGACUGAAGAUUACUGAUGCAAACAGGCACAUUUGGGAUGCUUUCCUCAAAAGCAAGUCAAAAGAUGUUAAGUCAACCUACAACCGGUUAGCUUUCGAUGGGUGGAGGUGGUAUGACCCAAUCACAGCUAUUCUACCAAGCCGGGCAAAAGGGACUCAUAUUUUCUGUGCAUCUCAAGCACAAUCUGCAAAUAUCAGUUCGGCAAGUAAAGAUAGGAUGGAUGUGGAUGCUGAAGGCAAUGAUGGAGGGGAGGAUGGAGAGGAUGAAGACAAGGGAAAGAGUGGGAGUGAAUCCGGAACCUUGUAUGUGUCAUCUAUCCACUCCAAACCUACUAGCGCGUCUGUCAGCAUCACAUCCUCCAGAAAACGCAAGUAUUUGGCUGUUGAUAGUACUAGUACCUCUGUAAUCUCUGCCACCCCGAGCAAAGCCCCACAUUCUUCUGGUGCCACUGCAAUCAAUGGUGUGAAGCAACAGAUGCAGAGGAUGGCGGAUAACAAGGAACAGCGCGAUACCAAGUGCAAUGACUUCAGGUACCAUUUCCUGAACAUCGUAGAGAGUGCUUUCACCGGCAGUGUAUCCAGUGGUGGAUCUUCAAAUAUUGCUCUGUCUUUGUCUUCUCAACACGUUGAGCCUUUGAACACAAGGAGUCAGGCCAUUAGAAUGGCUGGACAGAUUGAGACACACCUCAAUGAUAAGCAAAAUAUUGCAUUCAUUGAUAUGCUCUAUGCAGAUGAUGUGCUGAUAGGUGAUUACCUCAAUAUGGCCACACAGGAUGAAAAUCUUCGCAUAAUAUGGGUGGAUAAGCUGUUGAAAGACUCUGCUGCUAUUCCAUCCAACUAG